AAGCUACGAUUUCAAAGUUGACUCCGCCGAUUGGAGGUCGACACGUCUCCGUUUACUUACAUCUUUGAUAUGGCUUUUCAGCCAGUCAACAUCACAUCCGCGAAGGCCAGUCUAUGUAGACUAGCCUGCUCAGCUCCAUGGAGGCCUCGAAUCGCUGGGUUUCAUUCAUCUGUACGGCUCAACGAAGGGGUCAAAUCUGAUCUGAAACCACAAGGGAUUGCUUACUCCUCUCUCUCUGUUGGUGUCCCGCGCGAAAUAUUCACCAACGAGCGUCGCGUCGCACUCACUCCCCAGAACGUUCAACUGCUUCGAAAGAAAGGAUUUGGAAAAGUCCUGGUCGAGCACAAUGCUGGUGUUCACGCGCAAUUUCUCGAUGAGACAUACGUUGAGGCAGGGGCUACGCUGGUAUCACGAGAAGAACUGUUCAAGGACACGGAUAUAAUGCUCAAAGUACGGGCACCUUUAUUAGGCCAGGAAGUGGAAGAUCUCAAGGAAGGAAGCACUUUGAUCUCAUUUUUGUAUCCUGCGCAAAAUAAAACAAUCGUUGAUGCACUCUCUGCUCGGAAAGUGAAUGCUCUUGCUAUGGAUAUGAUCCCCCGUAUAUCCCGCGCACAAGUUUUCGACGCAUUAAGUUCCAUGGCAAACAUAUCAGGCUACAAAGCUGUUCUAGAGGCAUCAAAUCACUUCGGACGAUUUUUGACAGGUCAGGUCACGGCAGCGGGAAAAAUUCCACCAGGCAAGGUCUUAGUCAUUGGUGCAGGGGUUGCAGGUCUUAGCGCGGUGACGACGGCAAAGCGCAUGGGUGCCAUCGUCAGAGCCUUUGACACGAGGUCUGAAGCGCGAGAGCAAGUCCAAUCCCUAGGUGCCGAAUUCCUCGAAGUAUCAAUCAAGGAAGAAGGCGGAGGUGGUGGAGGUUAUGCCAAGGUCAUGUCCAAAGAGUUUAUCGAAGCGGAAAUGGCACUAUUCAUGGAACAAUGUAAAGACGUUGACAUAGUCAUCACAACGGCUCUCAUUCCCGGAAAGCCCGCGCCCAAGUUGAUCACAAACGAAAUGGUAGCUGCUAUGAAGCAAGGAUCAGUUAUCGUCGAUCUUGCCGCAGAAACUGGAGGGAAUUGCGAGGCAACGAAACCCGGGGAGCUUUAUGUGAAAGAUGGAGUUACUAUAAUUGGAUAUACCGAUCUUCCUUCUCGCCUACCGACACAGUCGUCUACGCUAUAUUCAAACAAUAUUACGAAGUUCUUGCUCUCACUCGGAGAAGACAGCAAGUUCUUCCUCGAUCGCAACGACGAGGUCGUCCGGGGAUCACUGGUCGUUCACAGGGGCGAAAUCUUACCUCCAGUGCCAAGAACUCUUCCUCUUCCUGUGACUCCUCCGCCGACUCCCGAGAAAGGCCACGAGAUCGGCACUAAAGCACUCACACCUUUCCAGAAGACUUCCCGGGACGUUGCAUCCAUCACUGCUGGAAUGGGUGGACUAAUCGGUCUCGGAAAAGCCACAGGAUCCGCGUUCAUGGAUAAUUUUUUCACGUUUGGACUAGCUGGACUUGUUGGCUACCGCGUUGUCUGGAAUGUUCAGCCUGCGCUUCAUUCGCCGCUGAUGUCUGUAACGAACGCAAUAUCAGGUAUGGUUGGUAUCGGAGGUCUUUUUGUCAUGGGAGGCGGGUAUUUCCCGGGCACCAUUCCUCAAACCCUCGGCGCGUUGUCUGUUUUGUUAGCAAGUGUCAACGUCGCAGGAGGAUUCAUUAUAACGAAGCGUAUGCUGGACAUGUUCAAACGUCCCACAGAUCCUCCAGAGUAUCCUUGGUUGUAUUCCAUUCCGGCAGUCGUCUUCACUGGUGGGUUCUUGGCUGCUGCACAUACAGGAAUGGCUGGUCUAGUACAGGCCGGAUACCUGGCGAGUAGUGUCCUCUGUAUUGGCUCCCUUUCUGGAUUGGCGUCGCAGACCACUGCGCGCCAGGGCAAUGUGCUGGGCAUUUUAGGUGUCAGCUCAGGAAUUCUGGCCUCUCUCGCUGCCGUCGGAUUCCCUCCUGAGGUCCUGGCUCAAUUUAUCGCUGUGGCUGCUAUGGGCGGCACUGUUGGUGCAAUCAUUGGCAGACGGAUCACAGCUACCGAGCUUCCCCAAAUGGUGGCGAUGUUACACAGUGUAGUCGGCUUGGCCGCAGUGUUGACUAGCAUUGGAAGUGUUAUGCAAGAUCUUGGUCACGCUAGCACCUUGCAUCUCGUAACUGCUUAUUUGGGCGUUGUCAUCGGUGGUAUUACAUUUACUGGCUCGAUUGUUGCUUUCUUGAAGCUGGCCGGACGAAUGUCUUCUAAGCCGCUCGCCCUCCCGGGCAAGCAUGUCAUCAACAGCGCGAUUCUUGGUAGCAACGCAAUCGCAAUGGGGAGCUUUGUUGCUGCUGCACCGGCUGUUCCUGCCAUCGCUGCUGCCUAUCUUGGAGCUAGCACGCUGCUGAGUUUUGCUCAAGGGUUCACAACGACUGCUGCUAUUGGGGGCGCGGAUAUGCCGGUCGUCAUAACUGUAUUGAACGCAUAUUCUGGCUUUGCAUUAGUCGCAGAAGGAUUCAUGUUGGAUAAUUCGUUGCUGGUGACUGUAGGCUCUUUAAUUGGGGUCAGCGGCUCAAUCCUAUCAUAUAUCAUGUGCGUUGCAAUGAAUCGAUCUUUGACCAAUGUACUCUUUGGGGGUAUUGGGACAACCCAAACUCAAGAAAAGAAAAUAGAAGGCACUAUCAGUGAGACACACGUCGAAGACACCGUUGAGGCGUUGGCAAAUGCAGAAAAUGUCAUCCUGGUGGUUGGUUACGGGAUGGCUGUUGCUAGAGCACAAUAUGCUAUUUCCGAAUUUGUAUCAAUUCUUCGCUCCAGAGGAAUCAACGUCAGAUUCGCAAUUCAUCCAGUCGCAGGCCGGAUGCCGGGACAGUGUAACGUUCUUCUAGCUGAAGCUUCGGUUCCGUACGAUAUCGUGCUUGAAAUGGACGAAAUCAACGAUGAUUUUAAGGACACUGAUGUGACUCUAGUGAUUGGCGCUAAUGACACAGUCAAUCCAAUUGCUCUGGAACCAGGCUCGGCCAUCGCUGGAAUGCCUGUUCUUCAUGCAUGGAAAAGUAAGCAAGUCAUAGUGAUGAAGCGAGGAAUGUCUAGUGGUUAUGCCGAUGUGCCAAAUCCGAUGUUUUUCAUGCCGGGGACAAAAAUGUUGUUCGGUGACGCGAAAGACACAUGCCAAGCCAUCAAGCAAGGGCUUGAAGCUCGAGGAUCCUAAGCUCGGACAUGGUGGAGGUAAUUUAACAAUGUAAAAUAAAGGAUACAGAGACCUGGGUGCAGAAGAUCGUUGAAGAUGAGUAUAUAUGUAAAUGCUCAUGGAAAGGGGCAUUCUGUGAUUGAUUUUCGAAGCAUCGCGACUUGAGU